AUCUUGUCGAUCAAAACCAAGAUUUUUUCUUUAAUCCGUAUAACUAGUCCAUUAUUAAUCUGUGGGUAUACCUAUCUUCAUCAUAAAGUAAUAUUACUCUAUGAUCUUCACAUAUAAUUUUAUAGUGGUGGGGGCGUACCUUAGCACAACAAUCAUGAUAAUAUUUUAAUCAUAACAACCGAAAAUAUUUUAUCUAUGGUUCACAACCAAUAUACGAAUUACACGAUACACAUUUUUAUUUUUAUCUGUUUUAACCUAAAUUAUAAUUAUUUAUGUACUCUAAUUAAUUUAUUGUUGUUUGGUUUUCUGACAACCCGAUUACACGACCAUUGCUUGCAUAUAGUUAAUCUUCAUCAUGAUAUAACACUGCCUUUCCGUGUUCGCCAAGCCAAUACGGAGCUCUUCUACAUGAUCCAACGUUAAGAACUUCGUAGAAUAGGCGAAUACGUGAAAUUUUCUGGUCUAAAAUCUUCGUAAGUUAUUUUGUUGGCUAUUAGUCAAAUGAUUGUGGCAAUCGUCACAAAUAUAAACAUUUUAUAAUACAUACCUUAUUAUUUUACUGUACAUACCUACUAUUAUUUGUUGUGGUAUUAACUUAAUACCCAUGUAGGUAUCUUAAGCAUCAACUUUUAAUUUAAUUUGUUCUAAAUGUUUCCCUUUAUAAUUAUAGUUAUACAUAUACAGAUUAUUAAUACUGACAUAUUAAAUUUAUUAUUGGGUACCUAUCUAGCGUAUUGAUUUUUUAUCUAUAUCUUUUAAAUAAACAGAGAAAAUUCAUAUUUAAAGUCAUAACUGAGGACGUCAUAGCACAAUAUUCUUUAAAUUAAUUUUCAUACACACCAUUAACCACUUAAAAAAUUAAUUAAUUUGUAUACAUUUAUUUUACUAUAGGUAAUAUUAUUAUUUUUCUAACAACUAAAUUUGAAAUUAUCAGCUUUUGUAUCGAUGGUAGAGGGUUGUUACCAGCAACAUGUCAUCAUCAAUAAUUUCUGGCUUAACUGGAUGGCAAUCCUAAUUCAAAGUGGAUAAUACUCUAAUGUGAGCUCCCUCUCUUUUAAGUAUUGAAUUUUUAAAAUUUUCUUAAAAGACAUUGUUCUAAACAUUUUAAUCUAACGUACAUAAAUAUCUUAUAAAUAGUUUCUUAAUUUUCUAGAGAAAAAUUAUGAAGAAUUUGUAUACUGCUACGCGAUAAAGAAUCAUAGAAUAUAAAACUGUUAACUGUUAACUAUUUUUACUAUAAAUUGGUUUUGAUUUUAUUCUCUAUCUAUUACAUAUUAUUUAUUGUGUCAGAAAUUAAAUUAUCUAUUGCUAAGAAAAAAUUGAUCAGAUAUCAGAUAUGCAUGUAUGGUAUAUUAAAAUGUUGAGAAUAAUAUCUUUUACAAAAUUUUGAAAAGUGAAAAAUAAAGUUAUAUUGUUUUACAUUUAUCCUUCUGAUAUAAUACCUAAUUAAAAAAAAAAAAUGUAUAUAUGAACAUUUGGAAAACAUUGUACGAUACUUGAAUAUAAGGAUAAGAAAAAGAUAAACAAGUUAUUUUAUGUUUAUACACAAAAAAAUUAAAUUUCUUGAGGUAAUGUUUUUUAUUAUUCAGAUUCAUAGCAUUUCAGUUCUAUAAAAAUUAUUAUAAUAUUUAUUUUAGAUUCUGAGUGAAAUAAAGAAGUUUAUGGUUUUACAAUGAUGUUUAUUUUUUUUGUGGAUUACUUCUCUACCAUGAAUUUUGUUCCAAUUUACAAUGAUGGCACUUUUACAGAAAGGAAAUUGGACUAAAUUCGAAAGGUCAUUUUUUGAUUUUCCCAAGAGUUUUCCUAAUAAAUGGGGAAUAUAGGUACAAUAUUAAAUAAUAUUAAUAAUAUAUAUAAUAAAUAUAUAUUGUUGACAAAACAACAUUAUCAACUGAAUUCCACUCAGAAUCUUUUUUUGUUAGCAAUGGUUUAUCCUUGUUUACAGGUAUACAUUAAAUUUCCCCUCUACUAUCUUCCUAAUUUCUCACCUAUUACAGUGGCUGCACCUGUCCCCAUUAUCCUAGAUGAACUUUUAAAUUUUAUGUUUCUUUCCUAUUAUGGCUAAUGUAUAAUAAUUAUAUAAUUGAUAUUAAAUUAUUUUUGCAGAUUUCAAUAUUUUAAUUUAAGAAGACCGGAUACAUCAACUUUUAAAAUCUAUAUUAUGACAGAAUUAAAAUAUUUAUUUACAUUAAUAUACAUUCAUUUAUGCAAUGUAAGUAUUACAUUAUUUUUAAAAUACAUGUCUAAUAUUAAAUAUAUGUUAUAGUACAUUUAAUAAUUACAAAAAAAUAAUAAUUAUUUAUUUAUUCAUACUAAAUAGGAUUAAUUACAAUAGCAAUUUGUCUAAGUUCUCUAUUCUCUAGUGAAGGUUAGGCCAGAUUUUUUUUAUAAGAAUUUGCAUGUUUUUAUUAAAUGGUUAAAAAACUAUCUAGUCCAUACCAAAAUAUAUUUCAUGACUAGGGCCCCCCAGAUGUUGUUGGAUUUGCAACUUUUCUUCUACUGAUCCAAUUUAUUACUAAGUAAGUGUUAAAUAUCUUGCGUGUAAUUAUGAAUUAAAAUCUAUAAAUUAAAAGUGUAAUUUUAUACAAUUUCUAUAAUUUUUUUCAUGUUAUUUUAUAUACAAUAUUAUUUAAAUGACUUAUUACAUCACUGAAUGUCUAGUCAAAAUGAUAGUUUGAUUAUUUUUAGAACUGGGUCUGUUGUGUCCUACUGGGAUUAUUGGAUUUACAAUGCAUAUUGCAUAUGAAUAAGAUUAUAUUUAACACAUUGAUAAUUUAUGAAACAUGAUCAUUUGAAAAUUUGUUCUUCAGUCAGUCGGUGAAUUUUGUGUGGCGUGUAGACACUAGUUCUUUUAUUGUUUUGUAAAUAUACUGAAAAUUGAACCAGUUUUUAAAAAUACAUAAAUACAUAAAUAUAUUUUUUAGUACAAUAUUGCAAUCAAUUGUAUUACUUUUAUAUCACCUGUGGCCUAUUUAUAACUAAAAAACUCUAUAUGUAAAAUAAUAUUUUUCAUAAAUUGUUAUUAGAUUUGUACGGCAUAUUUUAAAAUUUCAGACAAUAUUUAUAAUCAGUACUUCCCAAUAUUUUAGAGCACUUUUUAGUGAAUAUAAAUAUCUGACCAAGUUAUGUAAUUAAAUUAUUAUUUUUUCAACAUUUCAGUUGUUCAGAUAAGUAAUGUAUUUUAGAUUCUGAGUGGAACGGAGAAGCUUAUGAUUUUAUAAAAAUGUUUAUUAUUAUUAUCAUUAUUUUUUAAAUGUGAACACUUUCUACCAGAAAGUUUACUUGAAUGUAUAAUAUGUAGACCUUUUUCUAAAAGGAAAUUUUCUUGGGGUGAUACUUUAAGAAGGUCAUUUUUUAAUGGACAGACAAUUUUACCAAUAAAAGGAAAAAACAGGAAAAUGUUCGAAAUAUAUUAGUAGUAUAUUACAAUUUUUGUUUUCUGUGGACCAUUUUUCUUUUGGCAAUUUUGUUCCCAUUAAUAAUGAUAGAGCUUUUUCUAAAAGGAAAUCUGACUGGGAAAGUAGUUUAGGGAGAUCAUUUUUUUGAUUUUCCCAGGAGUUUUCUCAACAAAUGUGAAAAACCAGGAAAUUUUUGAAAAAUCUUAACAAUAUUAAACAAAUAUUAUAUUAUUAAUGUUAUCUAAGAAAAUAUAUAAUGCCUAUACAAUCAUUUUACCAUAAUACGGCAUAUAUAUAUAGUUGACAAUGCAUCACUAUCAACUAAAAUCCACUCAGAAUCGUUUUUCAUUGGCAAUGGUUUAUUGUUGCUUACAGAUAUACAUUAAAUUCGUUUCUGUAUCUUACCUUUCCAACUUCCCACCUAUAACAAUGACUGCACCUAUGUUUUUUUUAUUUAUUAUAUUAUAUUAUUAAUUAUUAUUCCAGUUUUUAAUCACUUUAAUCGUCUUUAAUCACUACUGGGGAUUAACAUUAUUAAAUAGCGAAAAAUUAAUUAAUUUGUUAAUAGGUUUAAUACACCAUUAAUUAGUUUCAUGAAUAUACCUAUUUAUUAUUUUAAAGUUUAACGUCACACUGGACUUCAGUUUUGUAUAAGUAAACUACAUAAUACAUAUUAUUAUAAUUUAGGUAGAUUUCUAGUUAUUUAGCAUUUUAAUUUGAUUUGUUGAUAAGGAAUGAGUUACCUACCAUACAAUAUUAUAAUAUUACAUUUUUUUUUGUUAUUUAAAUGUUAUAUAUGCUAAACACAGAUAAAAAAUCAAUUUGUUUGUGUAUAUUAAUAAACUAGUUAUAAUACUUAAUUAGCUAAGAAUAAAAUAUUAACAAUUAAAGAUAUUUGUAUUUUACCUAAUAGGUUAAUACAUAAAUGAUAAAUAUAUGAUAUUUGUUUGUACUUAAAAUUAUUUUCAGUUGUUUAAUUUUUUUUUUAAUCUUAUUAAAUAUCUGUCCUAAUUGGAUUUAGCAGAAAAAUUAUUUUAAAUUUUUUAAUAAGUAAGCUGUUAGUAAAAUCUAUCUAUAAUAAAAUAUUGUAUUUAAGUGACUAUAGGGUUCAUUCUAUAAUUUCUCCUUAUUAAGUAAUAAAUUUAAUUAAAUAAAUAGUUUGCUAUAACAUAAUUAUAAAUUACAAUAUAACACAUAUGUCCUCUUCUAAUAAUGGUUUUGGUUUACACUUUUGUCAACAAUAAAAAUCUUACAAUAACAUGACCUUAGUUUUACCCUCCUUCUGACCCUCUCUUCCGUGAAACAUAUUGAAAUUAUGUGUGGGCCGAUCCCAGAUAGGCACAUAGUUUCUUUCACAUCCAAUAUCCUUGCAAAUUAAAUUGAUUAAUCUAAUCUUCUAUCAUUAAUUUCCCCAAAGUCCAUUCUUGCUUCAUUCGCUCAUCUCUCCUUUUUCAUAUUCCUUUCUUUUUGAUGUUUUAUCUUGAUAAUCUGGUUAAUGUGAAUCUUUAUAGGCGUCUAGACUCCCUUCUUCUCAAUAGUAUGUAAUUAAAUGUUAGUAAAGUUAAAUCUAAUUAGUUUAGUUUAGUAAACCAUGUCUAUUUGAGGUCCUCCAUAAUUAUGCAAGAUUUCCCAUGAUGAUAUGCCUAUCGAAAUAUCUUCUGAGAUAAUAAAGAUAAUCAAAUUCUGUUCUUUGUAUAUAUUUAUAUAUAUCCCUGUUAAUAAUAUUUAAAAAACAAAAAAUACAGAAUUUGAUUAUCUUUAUUAUCUACGGAGAUAAUAAAAUAAGUAUAUCUUUGUUAGUUUCUUUUAAAUUCAGAUUGAAUUGUUGUAUUUUUGGGUUUUAUAUAAAUUAUGAUAGAGCUAUACUGCACUCAUAAGCAAAAACGCCACACAUUAUUAGACAAUUUUUUGCCUAUUAAAAAUUAAUUUUUCAAAUAAUAAACUAAUAGUCGUUUUAUAGAAUUAUAUUUCAGACAUACAGCCUAAAAUGGCCGUAGGUCUGAAGAUAUUAAUAUGUUAUGACUAACAUAUUAACCUAAAACGUCUGAAUUUUACAAAUUGUUUGAUAUAUAUAACUCAUUUUUUAAUUUGUUUGGUCACACAGUGUUUUUGCUUAAGAGGGCAGUAUAGUGAUGUAAUAUUAUGAUAAUUUCCUACGUUAAUUUUGAGAAAUAAAAUUUUAUUUGUCUCAAUACUGAAAAAAAUAAUUAAAGAAAUUGAAUAGCAAUAACUUGUUAAAUAAAAUGAAGGUACUAUAUAAUGGAUUAAUAUCCAUUGACCAUUACUCUAAUGUUUUUUUUUUUUUUUGGAAUUGCUUUAAAUUCCUAGUAAUGUAUAUUAAUAAAAUUCUAAAUUAUGUUUUAAUGACAUAUAUAUAUAUAUAUAUAUAUAUAAUAACUUAUUUAACUAAGUUUUAAAAAAUGUUUAUUGGUAUUUUUCAGGUUAAGUACUAACAAAAGAAAAACUAUAGUUCAAUAGCUAGUGAAUUAUUAUAGAAACAUGAAUUUAAACAGAAUGAUGCAAAUACUUUCAGCAAUUAAAUUAAAAUCUAUUAUUCAGUAACUCUAUGCUACUAUGAAAAAAAAUCGUUUUGUAGCAUUAGUUUUGUUCAGUGUGUUUAUUUGGCUUGGUAUCAAUCAUUUUUUACUCAAUGAUAAUUUUAUUGCUAAACCAAACCACUAUCUUGAAGAAAAUUUGGACGAUUUUGAAUUGCGAUUAAAAAUUGAAGCUGAAACACAUAAUUUAAUACGUGAAAAUAUUAAACAAUUAAAUUAUUCGAACCAUGAAGAUAAUUAUCAAUUUAACAAACAUACAUCCAAUUCGUCAUUAAGUGUCGCUGUUUUAGUAAUUGCUUGUAAUCGCCCAUCCAUAUCAAGGUGCAUAAACAAAUUACUGAAAUAUCGAAAGUCAAAAGAUGAAUUCCCUAUUAUUGUGUCUCAAGAUUGUAUUCAUGAACGAACAACACAGGUAAUAAAAAGUUUUGGAAGAGAUUUAAUUCAUAUACAUCAACCAGAUCAAAAAGAAAUAAAUGUACCAUCCAAGGAGAAAAAAUUUAGUGGAUAUUUUAAAAUAUCUAGACACUAUAAAUGGGCACUUAAUCAAGUGUUUAACAUAUAUAACUAUGGAACUGCAAUAAUUGUUGAAGAUGAUUUGGAUGUUGCUCCAGAUUUUUAUGAAUAUUUCAAAGCUACAUUACCAAUUCUUCAAAAAGAUGAAACUUUGUGGUGUGUUUCUGCUUGGAAUGAUAAUGGAAAAUUUGCAUUGAUAGACAGAAAUAAUCCAAAACUAUUAUAUCGAUCUGAUUUUUUUCCUGGACUUGGCUGGAUGUUAACCCGUAAAUUGUGGACGGAACUAAUGCACAAAUGGCCCCAUAGUUAUUGGGAUGAUUGGAUGAGACAUCCAAAUCAACGAAAAGGUAGAUCAUGUAUACGACCAGAACUUUCUAGAACAAAAACGUUUGGGAAAAUUGGUGUAAGCAAUGGUCUCUUUUACGAAAAACAUUUAAAGUAUAUAUACUUAAAUGAAGUUCCAGUUGAUUUUACCAAAUUAAAUUUAACCUAUUUAUUAAAAGAUGAAUAUGACAACAAUUUUGUUGAAAUGGUAUAUAAAACACCACUUGUUAGUUUUAACGAAUUAAAAAAUAAGCAAAUUGGUCACAGUGAUCCUGUGAGGAUAACCUACUAUACUAAGAAUAAUUUGAAAUCAUUAGCUAAACUAUUUGGUUUAAUGGAUGAUUUUAAAAGUGGUGUACCUAGAACAGCCUAUAAAGGCAUCAUUAGUUUUACAUAUGAUAAUAGAAGAGUCUAUUUAGCACCUAUUAAAGAAUGGCACAAUUAUGAUCCAAAUUGGCAAUGAUAUACAGUUUUCUUUAAGUAUUAUAUACAUUCAUGUGAAUGAAA